CCAAGGCGCUCUGCGCAAGCUUUUGAAGCUCGACACCAAACCAGUAAAGCGCUUUUGUUUUCGCUGCUCGAUUUCACACAAACCACUGCCUCUAGUUAAGCUUAUCUUCCUCUUUAGAGAUCUAUUUCCGACUUCCUGGCUGAGCUAGCGGAAUUCUGCGGCAGCCUGGGGAUGCUGGCGUAAGCUCUCUCUCCGAACGGCGCCAGAUCGCGUUUCCCUUCCAUGACGGCGCCCCGAGCUCUUGCGCCUGGACCCUCGAUGGGUUCUAGGGAGUCGACAAUCGCUCAUUACUGUCGCUGUGUCAGGUCCUCAGCGAAUUGGCCUAGUUGAGUGGCCCGGAACUCUGCAACAUGCAUCCCGUGCGAUCCCGCCGCUAUCGAGCGUCGACGUCGACCUCGAAUCUCCAGGCCUCCAAAGCCACCGAAGUGCUCCAGGCCCUCCUAGACGGAUUGUCCGGGUCAGCAACGAGCCUACCAGAGCGCGCGUACCCUGACAUCGAGGAACUGGUCAACCAGAUCCGCCAGAUUCACCAGCAUGUCGCCGCCUCGUCGCCGCCCUCACCACCACAAGACGACUUCCGCCAUCUUGGUGGCUUUCAGGCGCUCCUCGACGUAUUACGGUCAUUUGCAGGCUUCUACAACCCACAAAAGCGCUGCACGACGGAGAGGAGGGCAAUAUUUGACUUGCUACAUGUCGUGCUGGCAACGCUCUCGGCGUCCUUCCGCGGCCACUUUGGCAACAGACGGUACUUCCGGGAUAGAGUAGAAGGAGGGGGUUGGGAGGCUCUGGAGCAGAUUAUAGCCAGCAUUGGCGUCGGAGGAGGGAAUUCCGACCUCUGGACCUGCUGCCAGCUGUUCGGAAAGCUGCUCUCUUUUGCCCUCGAUGACCAGCGCCUGGAUGAGCUCUGUUGCGAGGUCGCCUCUUUGUCGGCCUCGGAUGACCCGAUGGAUCGGCCGAACGGAGAGGAUAGGGAGACUGAACAGUCCGCAGAAGCCGAUACGGGAGACAGAACCGGCGUGUCGCUUACCAUGGAGGCCAUCGAUGAAGAAUUGCAAGGCAUUAUCGGGCCCAACACAGCCAUCCAGAACGCCGAAAUCAUUCGGACUGUGGUUAGCCUCUGGCGAUCCAUUCCGAAAGGUCAGGAUGUUGCGGCGAGCCCUGCUUCGAGGAUAGUGCUCGCGGUGUUGUCAUCCCUGGCAAGCGCAUCACUCUUCAACCUCAAUGCUUUGCAUGGGACCGGCCUGCUGUCUACCCUGCUGCGCUUGCUUUUUGCCGAGGACAGCAAUCUCAACGGACCCGAAAGAGAGAUGGCGCUAUCCCUCUGCAAGUCCCUGAUGCAGUUCGGCAUCGACCAGUUGGCCGAUGCGGAGUUCUUGUUGAAUCGGCGGGACCCAGCUACCUCUGAAUUUUGCUUGGACAUGACGGAGAAGUACACUGGCCCCCCGUUUAUUCAAUUCGACCUCUGUUUGCACGGCCACUCAUCCAUCGAGCUCCCGAACCUUGGCCGGUCUUUUCCUCCUCAAACAGCGCCCGGAUACACCUUUGCUUGCUGGGUCCGAAUCGAUGAGUUCGAUCCAAGAUCUCACACAACGCUUUUCGGGCUCUUUGACACUAGCCAGACUUGCUUUCUCCUCGCUUACCUUGAAAAAGACACAAAGAACUUUAUCCUGCAGACAUCUGUCACCUCUCCGCGGCCUAGUGUGAGGUUCAAGUCGGUGGCAUUCAAGGAGCAUCAAUGGUACCAUAUCGCUCUUGUCCACCGCAGGCCCAGAACUAUGUCAGCAAGCAAGGCAAGCCUCUACGUCAACGGAGAGUUUGCCGAGCAGCUUCGCGCCGCAUAUCCGAGCCUGCCUCCGCCCUCGAAUGCAAGCACUGAGAGUUUUGUGUCUUUCUCAUCAGGCAGUCCCAAGACAAACCCUGUUCAAGCUUUCCUAGGCACGCCACGGGGCCUCGCGGCUCAACUUGGCCCAGGACUGGUGCACUCUAAGUGGUCGCUAGCCUCGGCACAUCUGUUCGAAGACGUUCUGAGUGACGACUUGCUUGCUGUUUACUACCGCCUCGGACCGCGGUAUCAGGGGAAUUUCCAGGACUGUCUCGGUGGGUUCCAGACCUAUGAGGCCUCGGCCGCCCUUGGACUCCGUAACGAGGUGUUCCAUCCCGGCAAGGACGAUAACUCGGACAUCUUGAGAGCCAUCAGGGACAAAGCAAGCACCAUCGUGCCCGAGCACAAGGUGCUACUUAGCACUUUCCCACUCGCCAUAUUCCCAGCCGAUGGAAAAUUCAUGGAUUCGUUGCUUUUUCGCUCGCUGUCCAGGAGCUCCGCCAGCAGCCUGUUUCAUGCUACACUGAAGAGUGGGACGGCGGUUGCCAUCAAUGGAGCUGUGCCCUGUGUCGACGACGCGCUGGUGAAGUUGAACGGCAUUUCGGUUCUCGCGGGCGAUCCAGUUGUUGCCACUCCGUACUACUUCGACGACAACCUCUGGCGCCUCGGAGGCUUCACGCCCGUAGCCCUCAAGCUCGUGGAACGGUCGUCUACCGCCGAUGAACUGCUACGGUCUGUCGAGCUGAUGUUCCACUGCAUCAGCAAUAGCUGGAGGAAUAGUGAAGCCAUGGAGAGAGACAAGGGAUAUGCCAUUCUGAGCAUGCUGCUUCGUGCCAAACUUGGAUACGGCGUGCCGGGCUCGGAGAGCCAGUCGCAGAUAUGGCGACUCACGCUGACCAACGAGGCCAGAGACCGAUUGGGUUUCCAGCUGCUCAGCUUGGUGCUUCAUUUUGUUGGGUACAAGCAUGCUGACCCAAUUGAGUCCUUCAUCAUCAACCCGCUCGCAUACCGCGUUCUCUUGAUCGACCCAGACACGUGGCGGAAGUCUUCACCGUUGGCCCAGGAGCUCUACUACAGACAGUUCGUGACGUUUGCCGUCAAGAGCAAGCACCAUCAGUUCAACAGCCGCCGGCUGCUCCGAAUGCGGAUCAUCAAGAGGCUUCUGGAUGCGCUGAAAGCCGAGACUAUCUCAGAGGAGAUUAUGCCUCACUUCAUGGUUUCCUUUGAGAGCCUCGUGAAGUGCAAUUACAACGCCGAAGUCCACCGCUCCAUCGCCCUGUUCAUCACCUACGCAUUCCACACUCCACCGAGCUCGUUGCCGCGAACACCAAAGCCGGCGGCCGCAAGCAGCCGGUCACCUACACCUGGUCUCGGCCUCUUGCGCCGCUCUACCGCCGAAGCCAGCUUCUCACCGUCGACGGUGGGCUCGAAGAUGCUCACCAAAAAGCAGCUUGGCAUCAAUAUACUGGACAUGUAUACCCGACUCCUCUGCGACAAGGCCAACUUGGCCGACAUUCGCAAGUUUGCCAAGACCGUCACGAACAAGUGGCUGCUCUACCUGCUCGCAGAGAAUGACCCGGAAAUUGUCGUUCUUGGUUGCAAGAUUCUUGCUCGCCUCCUCGUCACGCAGCCUUCCGGCUACACGGCCAAGUUUGCGAGCAAGACUGGCGGCUUCUGGAUCAUGGCCUUCCGCCUGAAGCAGUGGUGGGACAUCUCAACUCUCUGGCCGAUCCUCUUCAGCAUCCUCUUUGGGUACGACGUUGCAAACAUCAACUUUGACAACUCGUUCGAUUUCUUCAGCCUCUUGGAGAUCUUCGGCAGCAGUCGCGUCGUGUUCCCUGAUAUGCUUCCGGUCAUAACGUCCAUGCUGCAGCAAGGUCUUCGGGACGUCCUCAAGUAUCAGGAUGACCCAGAUUCGCCGGCCAGGGGUGACCUUAGCACCAAGCAGACCUCUGAAGAGGGUUUCAGUGCCAUUCCAACUAGGCCUAGGGCGCGCUCGAUGGAGCUGGGCCAGGCCCUUGAACCGAGGAGGACGCACGUACCUGACAAAGACAGGGUGGCAGCGAAUGCUGGCGUCCUUCAGAUUGUCAUCCGUUUCUUGGCAGACAUGCACACGCGUUCCGCCAACUUUAGGGAUUUCGCCCUCUCCUCGGACUACGUUCGACAUCUCUGCGUGGCGCUCUAUCCGGUAAUCGUGAGUUCCGAUCCUGUCACAGCAGAGACGGAGCUCAAUUCAAAGGACACACUCAAUUUUGAGGGCGGCGAUGUCAUCAUCCGUCCGGUCCCUGGGUCCUCGUCCACGGCGAUCCCGAUCAUCCGGACAUCGAAUAUAGGGCCUUCUGAUGCCCAACUACCCUCUCCCAGUCCGGGCCGUGGAACUCCCCUCCGGCGGCCUUCGUCAUUCAUCCUGGUCACUUCGCAGUCACCUCCCUCGGUGCCGACCCCUGCUCGGUUGAAUCACGCCGUGUCUCCAAAGAAGAGACCUGCCGCCCGGACUACUAGCAACGCCGUGCUAGAAGGCGUUCUAGAACUCAUCAUCGGCGUCUUCACAGAUCAGAUCCUCGUCAGAAAGGAGUUUCCUGGAUUCGGUCUCGUCCUGAAGGUGCCACCAGGGUUUCAAGAACACCGCGCGUACUUUGAAACUUACAUCCUUCGGAAUACCAUCACUCAUCUGAAGAACACCAUCCAAUUGGAUCAGAAAAUUCUCACAGAGCCCAAGAUUUUGCAGAACCUGGCUCGGCUGAAUCUCCACAUGGUCGAGGCCGUAUUCGAUGGAUCGUUCAUGGGCGGAGCUGAGACGAUGAUCGAUUUCACCGGGACCCUCUUAGAAUAUCUGCAACGACCUGAUGUGGCAUCUCUGAAGAGCGUCCGGCUGUGCAGCUCUGCGGUGGCGACGAUCCGGUCGUCCUUUUUGAAGUUUUGCCUUCUAAGGCUCUCGGACAUGGGCGACCCCGAAACUAAGGAUUCCGAGGCCCUGUCGAUCAUGGAACUUCUGCUGUACUGGCAGACCGUUCUACUCGCUUGCUUGUCAAUGGAUGACGAUUACAUGAAGCUGCUGUGGUAUCAGCUCUACAACAAGCUGGUUGACUCACGGCACAACAUCCGGCUGGUAGCUGCGACGCUGUGGCGCAUCAUGCUUGUGCAAAAGCCUGAGGAGUCAGCGGCAAUCUUUCGGCAGACGAUGACGCCGGACCAGCGGCCCUUGGCGAGGGGAUUCGAGAAACUGACCGAGCUGGACGAUGGGGCGUUUCUCGAGUGGGUUGACCAGCAUCAGUCCUCGCUUGACGUCCUCUUCUUUGGCGGCAUGUCCAAAGCUUGGGAGGAGUUUGUCGGGUUGGAAAACCAACGCACCGCGGACAGUGCCAGGAUGAGGACGAAGGCCCGAAAGGAAAAAUUAAAGCAGUGGCACACCGAGUCAUUGGAGCGGGACAAUGUCUUGCUCCGACACGAGAUGGCUAACAGCGCGUGGAUGAAGAGCAUCUACUUCACCGAACACUUCAAGCACCAAAGGCUUCUGCAGGAUGUGCAAGAUGACAAUGCCUUUCUCGCAUCGACCUUUGCGAAGAUGGAGCGCGAUCUGCGCCGGCCAGGCGCCGUGUUUAGCGAACCGCAGACUAUCAAGUGGAAGUUGGAUCGGACCGAGGGGAGGAACCGCAUGCGUCUUCGUCUUCUCCCGGAAUAUCCCAGCCAGCAGCAGCAAGAUUAUCAACCGAAGAGAAAUAAUGGGGCUGCGGCGACCCCGAAGCCCAGCAUAUCCAGCGGAAGCCUUUCGGUGACACAGGGAGCACGGCCCACAACACCUGCUCCGACGACUCUCACGGAGGGUCGAUCUCAAGGGAAUAUGGAGGACACGGAUAUUUCUGCCGAGCCGGAUUCGGUCGGUGGGACGGCAGACCAAGUUGCGCCGGAGGAAGAUUUUGAGCUGGUCGAGGACCCCAACGAGCCGGAGGGAGACGAUACCUUUGAGGAUAAGAACAGGAAGGUGAUGAGGCGGCUUCAGCAAGGGGAUGCCGUUCAGAAUGUCUUCAACAUCUCGCGUAUCAUUGGCCUCGACGCCUCCGAGGGUAUUCUUAUCAUUGGCAAGGAAGCGCUCUACAUUAUGGACAGCCUGUUCCAGAGUGCGGACGGAGAGAUUGUCAAUGUUUGGCAAGCACCGCCUGAAGAGCGGGACCCCUUUUCCGUGAUCAUCACAGGGGGCAAGCCGAGCGAGAGACGUCAAAACCAAGGCCGCACCGACCAAGAGUCGCGCAGCUGGAGGUGGCAGGAUGUCCUCAGCAUAUCGAAGCGGCGGUUCUUGUUCCGCGAUGUGGCGAUCGAGGUCUUCUUCACCGAUGGGCGAAGCUACUUGCUGACCGCCAUAAACUCUGGCAUGAGAGAUGACAUAUACGCCAGGCUGACGGCCAUGACGCCUCACACCAACAACGCGAGCUUGCUUCCCAAUCCGGAAGAUGCCUGGCGGCUCGAGAGCCUCAAGUCUCCUGAGGAGUCGCCACAGAGCUUUGGGGCCAAGUUUGGGAGUAUUUUCAAUUCGUCUGGGUGGAAUCCCCUGAUGAGGCGGUGGCAGAGGGGCGAGAUUUCCAACUUCCAGUAUCUGAUGCUGGUGAACACCAUGGCUGGCAGGACCUUCAACGAUCUGACGCAGUAUCCUGUUUUCCCGUGGGUCUUGGCGGACUACACCAGCGAAGAGCUUGACCUGAACAACCCGGCGACGUUCAGGGACCUGUCGAAGCCGAUGGGCGCGCAGUCUCCGGCCCGCGCUGCGGACUUUGCGAUGCGGUACAGGAGUCUUGCCGAGAUCGGCGAGACGCCCUUCCACUACGGCACGCACUAUUCCUCUGCGAUGAUUGUCUCGUCGUACCUCAUCCGUCUUCCGCCGUUUGUGCAGUCGUUCAUCUUGCUGCAAGGAGGCACCUUUGAUCACCCCGACCGGCUGUUCUAUUCCAUCGAGGGUGCCUGGAAUUCGGCCUCCCGAGACAAUGGCUCGGAUGUCCGUGAGCUGAUCCCAGAGUUUUUCUACCUACCGGACUUUCUUACCAACAUUAAUGGCUACAACUUUGGAGUUCGGCAAGGGGGCGGCGGCAAAGUCGACAAUGUCAUCCUGCCGCCCUGGGCUAAGGGAGAUCCGAAGAUCUUUAUCGCGAAGCACCGCGAGGCGCUGGAGAGUCCGUACGUCAGCCAGAGGCUACAUCAGUGGAUUGAUCUCGUGUUUGGCUACAAGCAGCGCGGGGAAAUUGCCGUGGAAAACCUCAACGUCUUCCACCCUCUGUCGUACAAGGGCACCAGAGACCUGGAUAACAUCACGGAUCCUCAGGAGCGCGUCAUCACGACCGGCAUCAUCCACAACUUUGGCCAGACUCCGCAUCAGAUCUUCACGAGGCCGCACCCGUCGAGGGAGCACGACCGGUGUCCGACCAAGCGGCUUGACACAUCGAUUGCAGCGCUGACAAGGGUGUCUUAUCCGCUGCUAGAAAGCCGUGAGCGAGUUGCCUCGCUCAUCUACGUGCCCAAGCUUGACCGCCUUCUCUGCGCAUCGCCGUUCAGGCUCAAUCUCCCUCCACAUUACGACAAGUUUCUGGAAUGGGGCUACACGGACAACAGCGUGCGCUUUUUCCUCAGUGACAACAGAAAGCCCGCCGGCCACUUCGAGAACCUCCACAUUGGUCAGAUCUCGACCCUCACCUUCGCCGACUCCAAAACUCUCGUCACGGCCGGUGAAGACUGCGUCGUGUCCGUAUACACGGUGCAGUCCUCGCCGAGCAAGCCGCUCGUAGAGCUGCACCUGCGCUCCUCCCUGUUCGGCCACAAGACGCCCGUCACGCACAUCGCCGUGUCUAAGGCCUUUAGCACAAUCCUCACCGUCUCCCAGGACGGCGCCGCCUUCCUGUGGGACCUCAACCGGCUCGAUUUCAUCCGCAAGCUGCCCCUCGCGCGGCCGGCCGAGUGCGCGCGCAUCAACGACGUGACGGGCGACGUCCUGAUCUGCUCCGGGCAGAAUGUUGUGCUGUAUACCCUCAACGGGGAGCUGAUCUUGGAGCAGAACGUCUGCGUCCCCAACCAGCACCACUCUUCGUUUGGGGGGCCCAACAACGACUUUGUCCACGCGUGCGCCUUCUACGAAGGGUCGGCGGGCGGCAGUGAGUGGAUCGAGAACCAGCUCGUGUUCACAGGCCACCGGCGCGGAAUGGUGAAUGUGUGGCGGAAGACGGUCGCCCGCAGCGGCGGCGGCGGGUGGACGUUGGAGUUUGUGCGCCGGCUGGACCAUGUCGACGUCAAGAGCGAGGUCGGCGCCAACGUCGAGGCCGCGAUUACCUGUGUUGCGCCGCUGGCUGGGUUGGUGUACACUGGGGACGAAGAUGGGCGGGUGUGGGAGUGGAAUUUGGUUCAGCGGGAGAGGUAGAGGAAUGGGAGGAGGGAAACGUGGUGAGGGAUUGAUUUUCCAACAAAAGGGGAUUGAGGCGGCCACGAGAAGGAGGUGCAUUAUAGACUAGGCGAGGACGUGGUGUAUGGGAACAGGGCAUGAUUUGUAACCUGAGAUACGUGGAGUCUUGGCUGGCAAGAGGUUUGAUUGUUUUCCUGGGCCGGCCCUGCUCUUUGUUUCAGCAUCAGGUUUAAGGAGUUGUAGAGUCUGGAUGUUUAUGUCUUUCUUUUGCAUCGCCCAUUGCCUCCUUUGGGCUGCUUUCCCCUGAUUCAGCCUGUUCCGUGCUCUUCCAGGCCUCUUCUCUAGCUCCUGCCCACCCG